CUACACACAACCGAGAAGAUGUCUGACUAUCUCACAAUAGCAGAUCUAGGAGAUCUAUACAUAGCUACUUUUGAUGCUCGAAUCAAGUGGCGAAACUUCUUGCUGGUUCUUAAAAUAUCCUCAGAUACUAUUGACAGCAUUGGUACGAAAUGGCAAGACGAUCCUGAUGACUGUUAUCGUGAGGGUUUGAAAGAAUGGCUGAAAGGUGGGGAGAGAAGCUGGGAAGAUGUUGUCAAAGCUUUGUCAAGUCCUAUCGUGGGCCACAGUGACAUAGCCAGGACCAUCGAGAAAGAUCAUCUACAAUCUACUGAUGCAAGCAAUCCUACUGAUGUGAAGACAGAGGUUAACCAAAAUUGUCAGAAGAUCAAUGACGAUUUGACCGUUUUCUUAGACGAACCUCUCGGUAAAGGUGCAUUUGGAGCAGUCUUCAAAGGCAGCUACAAGAGCGAGAUUUGUGCAGUCAAACUUCUAAUUUAUGAGGCUAUAGAAAUGCAGACAGGUUUCCCAGCCGGCAAAAGUGAAGAAGCUAGCAAAGCAUUUGAUCGUGAGUGUGAGUAUCUCGAGUCACUCCAACACCCAAACGUUGUUCAGUAUUUGUCGACAGCUAAGCAUCCCAAAUCAGGUGGUACAAUCCUCAUUGUUGAGCUGAUGGAUUGCAAUCUGAGAUCCUAUUUCUCCGGCGUUGAUGAAAAGUCCCUCACUAGCGAAUGUGAAAUUAGCCUCUCCAAAAACAUGGCUUGUGGUCUGGCCUACAUUCACAGCAAGCAGAUUAUCCACCGUGACCUCUGUGGCGAUAACGUCUUGCUGAAGCUAACACAGCCUGUGCCUGUUGCAAAAAUUUCCGACUUUGGCAUGUCACGGCUAUAUGAUUCCUCCACGCUUAGCCACACCCUCACAGCCGUUGGUCACCGUAUGGGGUAUCUACCUCUCGAGGCCAUUCGAUUGGACAAAGAUAAUUACGAUAAUAGGGUGGAUGUUUUUUCCCUUGGUGCAAUUAUGGUACAGAUUGUUCGCAAGCUGAAGACAGUCAAAUCUGUGGAAGAUAGAUCAGACCAUGUUGCCCAGAUCCCUCAAACACACAGGUUGAGGAAACUUAUCGACAGUUGUUUGCAAGAAGACAUGAGGAGGAGACCAUCUGCCAGGGACAUCUAUGCUGACCUGACGAGAGGCUCGGACACAGUGGAGGCAACAAAGAUUGAGUCAAAGGACACUCAACCAGUCAAGAAGGCACACAGGGGACUCAUUGAGCACAAAGAUGCUGAGCUGGUCAAGAGAGACGCCAUUAUUCAACAGCAGAGACAGGGUCCCCUUCCCAUAGAGUUGAGACCUCCACUCACUCUGAAAUGGAGAAAAGGAAGACGCAUGCCAAUGAGGAUGACCUCGGUACAGAGUGUUGUUAUCGGUGACACGGUGUAUGUUGGUGGAGGGCUUGCAGACAAUUAUAAUGAUCGUGGCAAGUGUACAGUGAUGAAGCUCGAGCGACACCAAUGGACCUUACUACCAAAGUACACUACCCAGUGCUUCGCUAUGACAUCACUCGCUUAUCAACUAGUGCUGGUAGGAGGAAAUGAUCCAAGAAACAGAAAACGCACCAAUCAACUUGCAGUGUUUGAGUCAGGGGAAUGGACUCACCCGUACCCACCAAUGAACAUUGCUCGUUCCUGCUCAACAGCUGUCUCCUUCAACAACUACAUCAUUGUAGCUGGUGGGCAUGAUGCUGAAGUACGUACCCUCUCCUCUGUGGAGAUGUUGGACGUGGCAUCAAGAAGAUGGUACAUUGCUCAGUCACUACCUAACCCACGAUCAGUACUGAAAUCAACUCUCAUAGGAAACACCCUCUACCUGAUGGGAGGGGGAGGGGGAGAUUACACUAGCCCAACCAAGACAGUGCACCAUGUCGACCUCAAUGAACUCAUUGCAAAGGCCCUUUCCAACCUGGACACGCCCACUCUCUGGCAGACUUUACAGGAAGUACCACUCGUGUGUUCAGCUCCUCUCAGUAUUGGGAGGUCACUAUUAGCCGUUGGUGGAGAGGUCGACAGAGUCCACCCAAGUUCAUCGAUCCACCUCUACCAGCCUGACACCAGGAGGUGGGUGAAAGUGGGAGACCUACCUACUGCAAGAUUCAACUGCACAUGCUCAGUACUUCCUAGUGGAGAGGCCAUUGUAGCCGGAGGACAGACAUUUGAAAAUGCAAAUAUUAAAAUUCAAACUGUAGAUUUCUUAUCUAUAAGUGCUUAGUUAUUUUGUUAUGU